CUCGAUCCACAUUGAACUCCUUUGCCAUUGUUCAAUAGUGAUAUAGUGGAAUCAGAUUACACAUUAUGAUCCACAUUUCAAGGCCUCAUAAACGUCUUGGUGUCUCGUUUGAUGAGACAUUGUUAUCGUACCUUUCACUCUCAUCAUGCACCCGGAGUUUCCACCAGUCGCGUUCCUCGCAGCUCUAUCACUUCUCCUCACUCUGCCAUGGCAUUGGCGAGCCCAAAAUGUCGCAACUCUCUCUAUCAUUGCCUGGCUUUUCAUUCUCAAUGUCGUGUAUGGUGUCGAUGCCAUGAUCUGGGCUAACAAUGUAAACAUCGUCAUCCCAGUGUGGUGUGACAUUACCAGUAAAAUCAUUAUUGGAUCUACAUUUGCCCUCCCAUCCGCCUGCCUGUGCAUCUGCAUCCAUCUAGAGCAUGUCGCGUCGGUACAUCGGGCCAAAAGUCCGUUGAGCGACAAACGUGUCCGCCAGCUUUUCGAACUAUUCAUGUGUUUUGGACUGCCAAUGUGUUUCAUGGGACUUCAUUAUAUUGUGCAAGGUCAUCGAUUCGAUAUUAUCGAGGAGUACGGUUGUCGUCCAACAACAUACGUCUCAAUCCCUGCCAUCUUUCUCAUAUGGGUGCCUCCACUUCUGUUAUCCACGAUUGCUCUUGGUUUUGCAUGUGCUUCUUUCGUCCAUUUCAUGCGACGUCGGUUUACAUUCGCACAUCACCUUGAUACGUCUCGGAAUGGCUUGACAACUUCUCGCUACCUCCGUUUAAUGCUUAUGGCAGUCGUAGAAAUGAUCUGGAACAUCGCGGUCACGUCCUACACCCUCUGGUUCAGCACAGUGGACAUGCGCCCGUGGACGAACUGGGAUGAUGUGCAUUCGAACUUCUCACGCAUCGACCUAUAUGCCACUGCCUUCACACCGCAGAUCGUUCUCACUAACUUUUAUAUCAUAUGGUGGAUUGUUCCCACCUCCACCUUCAUUUUCGUGGCGUUCUUUGCUUUCGGCAAAGACGCUGUGAAUGAAUACACUGCAUGCAUAGUGUGGAUCCGCCGAAAAGUCCUCAAGCAAAGGAUCGAACAAACCACUCUAGGCUCUGUUUCACCCGCGAAGUGUCCUCGUGCCGUUUUGCCAUCACUACCGAGGAUGCCCGCGUCUCGAACUAGGUUCGACGACAAGAUCGACGACUAUCACCCAUUUCCCCAUAACAAGCAAGCUUCUAAAUUUCCCGCACCUGCCUCUUAUGCACGAGCGUAUGGAUCUAUGCAGGAUUUCCGAACGCUUGACGCACCUCCAACUCACCCUGGUUUUUCUUAUGUUCUUGAUAUCUCCCCGACUCGUCAUCACUCUCCAGAUGUUCACCAAAUGGUGUAGCACUUCCGAUCUAACCUCGUAUAUUGCGACUGCUGAGGCCAGCGCCUAGCCUCUUCGUUUGAUACAUGCUACGUUUCCUAAUAGUUCAUGUCAUGGACAUGAUGUACACUCUUUACGCGUCUCACUUUCCACAUUCAUUCAAUUAUCCUGAUCUGUAGUACACAAUCAUUUGCUUACUUUUCAUGUCACAACAACACGCUCAUUUGUAC